GACCUGAGAAGAAGAAGAGGGAGAGGGAAACAGAGAAGGAAGAGACAGACAUCUCUGUACCAAUCAGAACUAGAGGUAAUGGAGAAGGUGGUUGCAACUGUGAGUGGCUAUCACGGCUCUGAGAGGUUCAAGCUUAUCAAGCUUAUCUCUCUUUCUGGUGCUAGUUAUGUCGGUGCUAUGUCAAGAUCCAUUACUCAUUUGGUUUGUUGGAGAUUCGAGGGCAAAAAGUAUCAUCUUGCUAACAAGUUUGGUACGGUAGUAGUCAAUCAUCAGUGGGUGGAAGCUUGCGUAAGGGAAGGGAGGCGUGUUAAUGAGGCGCCUUAUACGUUUGAAAGUGGGGAAGAGGUUGGGCCUUUGAUGGUUGAGCUUCCUGUGGAUUCUGGGGAAGGUAAAGUCAGUAAGAGAGUUAAAAAGUCUGAUGAGACUUUUGAUAAGUACUUUUGUAAUGGUGAAGAGAGUAGGAGGAGUGGCUGUUCUUCUGAGCUUUCUACUUGGAUGGACUCUGUCUUGUUGAAAGAGAAAAAUACAGAAGCAAACAGACACUCAGUGCGAUUAAGAACAAAGCGUUCGAGUAAUACUUUUGAAGACAAAGAAAACACUGGUGUGGCCGAAUCUUCACGGAAAGGAAAGAGGCGGUUAGUAAAGCCACGCUCUUCCAGAAACCUUAUUGACCUUGACUCUGAUGAGGAAUCUGAUAGUUACUGUCAUGAUGAAUAUUCUAAUGAGAAACGAAGAAAGUCUCCGGUUAAUGAUGAAAAUGUGGAUGAUUGUGUUUUAGAACAAGGAGAAACAUCAGCUCUUCAACAUCCCCUAGACUAUGCAACACAAGACUGGGAUGUAGAUGAAAUAGAGGAGUCUGAGAAUUGGAAUCAUUCAACUGUAUUUAAACGCCCGAGAUCAAUCAGUGCAGAGAAAAAACCGCAAGAUGAUGAAUCAAACUUCAACAAACCGGAUUCAAGAGAAGAAGAGACCGAAGCAACUAAGAUGGUCUCUGCGCAGGUUUCUUGUGUCAUAUGCUGGACGGGGUUCAGUUCCACUAGAGGCAUUCUCCCUUGUGGCCACAGGUUUUGUUAUUCAUGCAUCCAACAAUGGGUAGACCGUUUGGUUUCCGAAAGAAAGAAGACAACAUGUCCAUUGUGCAAGUCCAGUUUCGUAACCAUCACAAAGAUAGAAGACGCAGGAUCUUCUGAUCAAAAGAUAUAUUCACAAACAGUCCCUGACCCAUCUUCAACAAACAACUCUCUUGUAGUACUCCCUGAAGAAGAAGAAAGACAAGGUUUCAAUCCACUGACUCGAGCUUCAGCUUGUGGCAGAUGCAACCACAGUGAGCCAGAGGAUCUUCUCAUUAGAUGUCACAUUUGCAAUUUCCGGCGGAUCCAUACUUAUUGUUUAGACCCUUAUCUGCUUCCUUGGACCUGCAACCAUUGCAAUGAUCUUCAGAUGCUUUACCAUCGUCGUGGCUACUAAAAAAAGUGUCAUUAUUAAAGAUUAUCCCAUUUAUUUAUGUUUUUUUCAUGAAUAUAUGAACAUCAUAAAGCAGUUUGUGAUAAGAUUGUUCUGUUUUCGUUUACAUGAAAUGAAAUGAACUCUGCUGA